AUGGCAGCCAAUGCGCCGUCGCCUAAGCUGACGCCGGCGUCCAGGCCCCCCGACCAAACAACUGGGGCACGACGCACGGCAAUGGGCUCCUCCUCGCCGGAUGGGAAAAGCGAGAAGGAAACAGUCCAAGCUAAAAAGAAGGUGAGACCGCUCAAUCUUGAUACUAAGGAGAGAUCCGCACCAGUAGUUCAAACGGCUGCCAUGGACACGGAGACAACAGAGACAACGCAACAAGAAAUACCAAUCAAUGAACAGAAACAUAAUUUCUCGGCUUGGAACAACGGGACGACGGGCCUAUUCAAGGGUGCACACAUGGAUGAGGGGUGGUAUGUAGCUGAGUCUGACUCGGAAGACGUGGCAAAUCAAGAACGGGAAGAAGAUUAUGAACUGGAUGAGGAUGGUUAUGACCCUAGAUGCCCCUCCGUGCUCUUUACUGCAGCGCAAAAGAACAAGUGGAGGAGAGAAUGGCGGUCUGCGUUAGUAGUUCAAGGGCUUGGGAGGAAGGUACCAUAUAUUCCGCUAGCUCGCAGGCUGAAUUUUUUAUGGGCAAGGGAUGGAGAGAUUCAAAUAUCAGAUAUGGACAAUGGGUGCUACCUCGUGAGGUUCAGGAGCCAACGUGACUAUGAACAAGCGUUGACGGGAGGGCCGUGGUUAAUAGGAGACACAUACUUAGCAGUCCACCGUUGGUACAAGGGAUUUAAUCCUUGGAAAGCAGAGGUACAAAAUACUUUAGUGUGGGUGCAGCUACCAAGAUUGCCAAUUGAGUUCUUUAAUAAAGAGGCAGUAAUGCAAAUUGGAUCUUUGAUUGGCCGACCGGUGAGGGUGGAUAGAGCGACUGAACUGGGAGCUAGAGCAAAGUUCGCUCGGGUGUGCGUGGAGGUUGACCUUACACAGCCGCUGCUCGGUUCUUACAAGGUUGAAGGAGUGAAAUAUCUCAUAGGGUAUGAAGGAUUGCAGUACAUAUGCGGGAAUUGCGGAAAGUAUGGAAAGCCAUCAAAUAAGUGUAAUUGUACGAAUGUGUCACCGAUGGGCGAGGAUGAGGAGGUGGUGGAAGUGCCAGAAACACAAGAAGAGGACCCGACUCGAGGGCAAAUCUAUGGUAGCUAG